AUGAUUUGGCACUCGGCAAACCUGGGCUUUCACGAGUGUUCUAGAUUUGAAACUCGGCAAAAAACGACACUUGCCAAUUUCCCGAAUAUAGGGUUUUCCCACCCCGGCCGCGCGCGGGGACAGAUCUCAGAAUACCCUUUCCUUCUCCCUGGCCCCCGCCGCCGCCUCCCGCGCCCCCAUCCACCGCUGCCGCCAGCACCGCCCUCCCCCUCCUCCCAGCUCCCCCUCCGCUGCUGCCGCCCCGCCUCGCGCCGCCGCCCGACGCCGCCUCGUGCCGCCCCGCCUGCGCCUCCCCCCUCCGACGCCGCUCCGUGCUGGCCGCUCCGCCUCGCGCUGGCCAGCGCCGCCUCGCGCCGGCCCGCUCCGUGCCAGCACGCUCCGCCUCGCGCCGGCCAGGCCCGCCCCGCGCCGGCCCGCUUCGACGCCGCCCCGCGCCGGCCGACGGCGCCUCGCCCCGCGCCGGCCAGCUCCCCCUCCUCCGCUACCGCCCCACCUCGCGCCGCCUCCCGACGCUGCCUCGCGCUGCCCCGCCCGCGCCGCCCCCCUCCGACGCCGCUCCGCGCCGGCCCGCUCCGCCUCGCGCCGGCCAGCGCUGCCCCGCGCCGGCCCGCUCCGCCUCGCGCCGGCCAGCGCUGCCCCGCGCCGGCCCGCUCUGACGCGGCCCCGCACUGGCCGACACCGCCUCGCCCCGCGCCGGCCAGCGCCGCCCCGCAUCGCCGCUACUUCAACGCCGCCCCGCGCUGCCCCGCGCCGCCCCGCGCUGCCCAGCGCCGCCCCGCGCCGCCCCCCUCCGACACUCGGGGUACAAGGUACCGCCACACGCCAUGCACUGUUGAAGCCAUGUGCUCCUCCCUCCUUUUAACCCCUCCUCCGGAGAGUAUUGCCAUGAGAACUUCAUAUGUGACUCAUGUCAUUGUGGGCAUGUGUUGCUGA